GUUUAGGUCGCAGAGCGGAACAAGCCGCUAGCAGCUAGCGCGGUGUGCGGCGGCAGGAGCACUGUGGACAUAUGCACCUGAUUUUAGUGACCAUUUGAAACACGAUAGUUUAAACGCUCAAUAGAGAUGACCAUGACCGGACAGAGAACCAUAGAUCUUGUGGCUGCCUACAAUCAUUUUCUGGAAAAACAAAUUGUUGACCAGGGAUCCAGUCUGCCGUGUAGAGACGAGACCCUCUGCAAUGAGGUGGAUGAGCUGCUGAAAAGUGAAGAAUUCACUGAUGCACAUUGUCUGGGUCUGGAUACUCUGAAGAUCAUGGAAGAGUCUCUGCAAGCAGAAGUGACAGAGAGUAGGCGACCAACAAAAGUCAGAACAGGGUUAAAAGGACUGACCAAAGCAUUUGAAGUCCUUGAACAAGCAGCACUCAACCUGCAUCUGGGUCCAUGGAGGGAGGAGUACAAAGUUGUCAAAAUGUAUUCAGGAAUAUUUACCCACUGCAUCAAACCAGUGUUCUCCACACAGCAGAUAGAGCUGCUCUUUGGCCUGUUGGGUUAUAGGCUGUGUUCAUCUCGGCGGGAACAGCUCCACCUUCAGCCUCAGAAAGUCAGUGCAGCCAGGGUGGAUGAGCUGCUGCGCUUGUCCUGUGCCUUCUUUGUGGCUCGUUGUGAGUGUCGCCUCCUUCUGGAUGUACUGGGAAAGUAUGCUGGUCGGGCUCAAUGGGAGCUCAGCAUUGUGAGAGAGAGGCAAAGAGGACACAACCUUCAGAUCGCUCUUGACAGCACUAUGAGGCUGCUAGAUGUCAAGCAGCCCCUCCAAGAGCUGCCCGAAGAAAGUGACAUGGAUUUGUACACAGAUGAGCUGGAAGGAGAGAGGCUCAGAGAAACAUCUGUUGAUGAAGCCCCUCGCUCUUUAACUUGGAUGCCUGAUAAAAGUACCAAUGGCAUAACAAGGGAGUCGGUGUACAUCUCUACUUAUCACGUGAAGACACCCUCUGCUGACACAAAUGCCAAUGACUUCUUGCCUACUUCCAGAUGUGUGAGCCAUUUCUAUAAGGACUUCUCUGGAGAACAAAUCGAGGCAUUACCUGUUAGUCUUGAAGAAAAAACUGAUCAUGAGGCUCUAAGCAUGCUGACUUGCACUUGUCUCGAAGUGAAGCGCUUAACUCUUUACAAAUGCAUAGAUUGUCAAUCUUACCACCAUGUUACCUGUGUCAAAUUUGACCUUUGCCACAAAAGUCACAGAACAGAGUUGACUGAGGAAAUACCUGAGCAGCUCAUUCCAAUUCGAUUAGCAGCUUCACGGCGUAGAGGAAGUUUAUCACCAACUCUGACCAACUGCAGUGACACAUUUUCCUCCUUAGCUUUACAUAAUAAACCUGAAUCCACUAUGUCAUUUAUUAGUCCUUUAGCUCUGCAUAGCUGUUGUGAGUUCCAAACCCUGGAUCCCCAGAUCUUAUGUUUUAGUUGCCAAGUCUUUCAUAUGGAAUAUUGCAAUGAAGCAAAGAUCUGUCACAUUUCCCAUGGGGCUAAAAUGUUAGGUUUUUGUUCGGUCAGUAGAUGUACUCAUAAGGCUCAUGUGUUAUGCAAAUACUGUGGAAAUGAAUACUGCAAAGACUGCUGGUACAAAAACCCUCUUUACUGUGAAUGCGGUAAAAGUUUUGACUUUUCAUCUUCUGUCUAGAAGGUCAAUUUUAAAUUGAGAAUUGACAUAUAAUGAGGCUAACAAAGUGCCUUAAAUCUGUCAGUACACAAAAGCAAGUUUCCCCACAUCUCAUUGAAGCAUUCUGAGCACAUGGAAAAUAACUAGCAUUCUUUACAUACAUUUCUGACCUAGUCAGUCUCUUUCACUCCCAUUUAGGAUCAGAUUGAGCACAUGAGUACAAAAUAUAUAAGCUCUUGCUAAGUGACACUUUCCAAGUUUGUCUAUAAAUGUUGUUAAAUGUGUAUCUAUGCUUUACUAAACCUUAGCAACACUGCCAUGACAUGACACUUAAUGCUGUGUUUUUAUAUUUUACACUUCCACUGUAUGUGCCAAAUUAAUAUGCACCUUAAUUACAUUUUUUAAAAUGAGACAAUGGUCGAAACCUUUCUCACAUAUAGUAUACAUGUAUGAACUGUUUUGUGACAAUAUUUAGAUGUAAGGUGAAUGAAUCACAAGUAACAUUUAUUUGUAUUGCAGUUGCCUGGAUUUGUUUUACUCUUCUGGCUUUCUUUGCAUAUUUUAUUUGUAAUAAAUAUUUCUUACCUA